AUGAGGAGAGUCGAGUCCCUUGCAUCGGACGUUUUCGAGACGCUUUUGGACAAGCUGAGGAAGGCCGAGGUGAUGUCUUUGGCCGUGGAUGAGUCGACUGAUAACAGUGAUGUUGCACAGCUGUGCCUCUAUGUGCGAUUUUUUGAUGGGGAAUGUUUUCGUGAGGAUCUGCUUGGACUAAUUCCCAUGGAGGGGCACACUACCGGUGAGAUUAUCUUCACUAAAAUUGCUUCAUUCUUUGAGGAGAACAACUUGGAUUUGGCACGCGUCAACAUGUUGGUGACGGAUGGUGCGCCCUCGAUGGCGGGCAGGGAUCAGGGGCUCGCCGGCAGGAUGGCAGCUGCGGCUCCGCAGACUAUGCCAGUUUCAAGGUUGAAUAUUCCACGACAGGAGGAUGUUGCAAAAUGGUCCUACCUAAGGAAGAUAAAGCUUCACGAUGUGGAUGCAGAUGUUGAUUUGCUCAUUGGGACUGAUGCAGCAAAAGUGAUGGAACCUUGGGAGGUGAUUAACAGCCAAGGAGAAGGACCCUACGCAGUUCGGACCAGAGUUGGCUGGGUAAUUAAUGGACCACUGCGCGGUGGAGACAGCAAUGGAGUCAAGACUGGCUGCUCUGUUGUCACAACCAACCGGAUUUCUGUGGAACAUCUGGAAGACAUGCUCAUCAAGCAAUACAAUCACGAUUUUAAUGAAAGAACAUCUGAGGAGCAGUUGGAAAUGUCAAGAGAGGAAAUCAAGUUCAUGCAAACUGUGAGUAGAACAACAGAACUUAUAGCUGGACAUUAUUUCAUUGACUUACCUUUCCGAGCUAAAGACCCUGUCCUACCAAACAAUCGCUGUGUUGCAGAGCAGAGGCUUCAAGGCCUGAAGAGGAAAUUUGGAAGAAAUGUCAAGUAUAAGGAUGAAUACACCUCAUUUCUCAGUGAUAUGUUGGCUCAAGACUAUGCUGAAAUAAUACCCACUGAUCAGUUGGAACAAGAUGAUGGAAAAGUGUGGUACAUUCCCCAUCACGGAGUACAUCACCCCACCAAAGGAAAGUUAAGAGUUGUGUUUGACUGUGGUGCCACAUAUAAAGGAACGUCACUGAACUGCCAGCUUUUACAGGGCCCAGAUCUCACCAACUCUCUUAUUGGGGUCCUUAUUCGAUUCAGGAAAGAACCUGUUGCAGUUAUGGCUGACAUCAGUGCCAUGUUUCAUCAGGUAAAAGUGCCUGAUAAACAUAAGAACUUCCUGCGCUUUCUUUGGUGGCCCAAUGGCAACACUGACAAGGAACCAAUGGAAUACCGAAUGAGAGUUCAUUUGUUUGGAGCUGUGUCAUCCCCAAGUUGUGCAAAUUAUGCCUUGAGGAGAACUGCAGAGGACAAUGCAUCUGAUUUUCCUCCUGAAGUGAUCAGCACAAUCAACCACAACUUUUACGUGGAUGACUGCCUAAAGUCAACUGCUUCAGAGGUAGAUGCUAUUCGUAUUGUAAAGGACUUGACUGCACUUUGUCACAAAGGUGGAUUUAGUCUUCAGAAAUGGGUGACUAACAGACGUUCUGUGCUGAUGUCAAUUCCAAAUGACAUCCGAGCAACAGGGAUGAAAGAGUUGGAUUUGGACACGGACCAGCUUCCUAUGGAAAGAGCACUUGGACUGCAGUGGUGUGCUGAAUCUGACAAGUUUGGGUUCAGGGCUGUGUUGCAGGAACGGCCUCAUACCAGGAGAGGUAUUUUGUCAGUGGUGAGCUCAUUGUAUGAUCCAUUAGGGUUUUUGGCCCCCUUUAUCAUGCCAGCCAAGUUAAUGUUGCAGGAGCUUUGUAGGAGAAACUUAAAGUGGGAUGAACAAAUUCCCCCUUUCUUCUCCAAACAAUGGUAUGACUGGCUGAGUGACCUCCAAAGAAUAAGUGAAUUCAAGGUGGAUCGUUGCAUUAAACCCCAGAACUUCAGUGUAUCUGCAACAGCACAAAUUCAUCAUUUUUCUGAUGCCAGUUUAGUUGGUUAUGGUACGGUGGCUUACCUGAGACUACAAGAUGGUAACAAUGUGCAUGUUUCAUUUCUUGUGGGAAAAGCCAGAGUUACACCUCUAAAGUCAAUCACCAUUCCUCGGCUGGAGCUUACAGCUGCAGUUCUUGUUGUUCGUAUGGAUCAAAUGCUUCACAGGGAGAUGCAGUGUCAGUUGGAGAAGUCAAGGUUUUGGACCGACAGUACAACUGUUCUCAAGUACAUCAGCAACGAAACUAAACGCUUCCAUACUUUUGUUGCUAACAGAGUCUCUGUUAUUAGAGAAGCCACAGAUGUUGACCAGUGGAAGUACGUGGGCUCCAAGGUCAAUCCGGCAGAAGAAGCAUCUCGUGGAUUGAGAGCCAAAGAAUUUCUUCUAAGUGGAAAAUGGGUAAAAGGACCAGAUUUUCUCUAUUCGCCAGGGAAGGACUGGCCUGUAUCUGACAUGGAUCUAAUUGCGAUUUUAGAGGAUGACCCAGAGGUCAAAAGAGAAGCAUCAGUGAAUGCCAUUGUCAAGAACUCAGAAGAUCCCACAACUCAUCUCAUCAACUACUUCUCAUCUUGGAGGAAACUUAAAACAUCAGUUGCCUGGUUCCUCAAGCUUAAGGAAGUUCUUUUGCUUUUGAGCCAAAAGAGACAAGAACUUAAAGCUGCUGAGAGUGACAAGAAUACAGGAGUUAAAGGUUGUGUAGAACAGAAACUUCAGAGCUUCAAAGCGACGCUUGGAGUAAAAGGCUUGACUUUGGAGAAUUGUGAUGAAGCAGAGAAGGCAAUACUUCGUUUUUGCCAGAAAGAUAAGUUCAAGAGUGAAAUUGCUUCAUUAAAUCAUGGCUCAGGUAAUGUUUUCAAGGACAGCCCAUUGUACAAGCUAGAUCCUUUACUGGAGGACGGCAUUCUCAGAGAGAAAGGAGGUGCUGCCAGCCAACUAUUCCAGAAGUCGUCCAGACGUGCAGACGGUCCUCCUACAGAGGAUGAAACAAAGUCACAUGUCGAUGAGCUCUCAGACAGCAGUGAUGCUCUGAACACCAAGGAAAAAGGAGGAAUAUUUAGUGGAAUAUUCAAGAAAACUGCCAAACCAGCAGAAGCUGUUCAACAUGAGGAGGAACAAGAAGCUCCAAAAGAGCAGUCGGGUAGCAACCAUAGUCUGCCUGAGAAUAACACCACGAAGGAGCUGAAGGUGAUCAGAGAAAAACGGUUAUCUGGGAGCUGUGAGAAUCUGUCUGACACCAACGUCCCAAAGGAGAAAAAAGGUGGCCUGGCGGGCAUCUUUAAAAGAUCAGCCAGUAUCGACAACCUGUUUGAUGAGGAGAACGGGGGGCUGUUCAGCGGACUGAAGAGAACACCCAAAGCGUCCAGAGACGCUGCAGAGGACAAAGAUGACCAGAAGGAGCUGUCAGCAAUUAAUGACAAUCUCUUUGACAACACCAAGGAAUCAAACGAGGAUAAGAAGUUAUCUGCCAGCUGGGAAAAUCUGUUAGAAGCAAACACAUCAAAGGAGAAGACUGGAGGACUGGCAGGGAUUUUCAAGAGGUCUUUCAAACCAGCUCCGCGCUCAAUCGCAAAUGAGGAUCCUCUCAGUGACACAUUGGAGCUGUCUGCCAGCUGCGACAGCCUCGCAGAAACUGCCGAGGAAAAUGAGGACAUGGAGGCACCGGAAGGAGGCAGGCUGGGACACAGGAGGACCGACAGGAAGAAAAGACGAGUUGUGUCAUUCCGAAUCAAGAAAACUCUUCCCAAAAUACCAAAACUGGAUGUACCUUCACUGAGUUCAGACAAGAUGCCUCUUAUUGAGGAGGCUGUAGAGCUGCAGGAGCUGAACCGAGCCCAAGAGAGCACAGUAGAGAUCCAGACUUUGGAGAUGGCAGCUUACCCUACGGAAGACAACCCUCUGGAAUCUGAGGAGGAAAAUGAUGAUUUGAUGGAGUGGUGGAUCACAGUCAAAGGAUGGGCAGAGUGGAACGAGACAUCUCAUUUCUACGAAGAUGAUGAGCAAAUGUCGAUGGAGCAGGCAGCUGACCGUGUCUACAUGGCAGCCCGUCUCUUUGUGCGUCUUUUCAACAAGCGGGGGGCGUCCUUACAGCAUCGCAUCCUGGAGCUUUUGGCUCUGGCCGACGCUGCCGAUGACUUCCACAAAAAAACGGUGAAAGCUGCUGUGGGUGGAGGGGUAGCCAGUGUUGCUGGCAGCGUGGCAACAAUCACGGGGCUCAUUCUGGCUCCAUUCACCUUUGGUGCCUCUGUUAUUGUCACAGCAGUGGGGAUCAGUGUGGCGACGGCGGGCAGCAUCACCUCAGCAACAGCCAACAUCACAGAUACAGUUCACUCUAACAUGGACCGUAAGAAGCUGGAGAAGAUGAUUCAGGGCUACCAGGAGGAGAUCAGCGACAUCAGGGAGUGUUUGGAAUUUGUGCAGGCAGGAAUGGACACCCUGCAAGAGUGGGACUUUGAGAAAUACUCAAAGAGCGCCACAAAAAAGGCUCUGAACCACAACGUCCGGCAUGUGAUGAAGGAGGGUGGCAUGGCCGGAAAAGCCCUGUUGAUAAACACAAACAAACUGGUCAGCACUGUGCAGAUUUUAGGCGCUGCAGGCGGUGUUGCCAAAGCCGCCAAGGCCAUCAGCAUUACCACAGGCGUGAUGUCAGCGCUCUUCCUGGCUCUGGAUAUUUUCUUCCUCGCCAAAGACUCCCACCAACUCCGCAAGGGCGCCAAGACCAAGUUCGCCACCAAGAUUAGGGAGGUGUGCAAAGAACUCCAGGACGGCCUCCUGGAGCUGAACAAGGUGAAGACGCAGCUGCAGAAGACCAUGGACGGCAUCGAGGUUGAGGAGUAUGAGGAGGUGGAGGAAGUAGAGGAGGAAGUUGAUGACGAUCCCAGGAAGUUGGCUGAGCUGGAGCAGGAACUGGACCUACUGGAGGAGCAACUGGACAGGAAGGUUGAGGAGGAGCAGAAGAGUAAAGAGAUGGGGAAGGAACAUAUGAACAGUAAGAAGAAUAAGAAGGAGAAGAGCGUGAAGGAAAAAGAAGAGCAAGAGGAAAAGAAGGACCAAAAGGAGACGGCAGAUAAGGAUGCCAAGACAGGGGGGAAGAAGAAAAGUAAGAAGGCAAAAGGUGAGGCAGAAAGCAAGAUUGAGUCAAAAUUAGAGAUGAUUUCUGAAGAGGGAAAAGAGAAGAAAAAUGAGACUGUCAAAGCAGCCAAAGAGGAUGUUUUAAAAGAACAAUCUCAGAUAGGAAAGAUGGACAAAGAAACUGAGAACCACAAGGAGGAAGAGAAACAGAAAAAUGGAAACGAGCACAAGGAAAUAAAGAGGAGAUCAUAUAUAGAGAUAGAGCCUGAAAGGAGAUCAGUGAAUAAAGAGACAGAGGUGGAAAGUGGGAGUACAGGGAGAAGCAGGCAUAGGAGUGACAAAGAUCCACCCUACAGGACUAAAAGAGGGAGCAAACAGGAAAUUAAAGAAAGAGGUAAGGAAAGAGGUGGAAACAAGGACAGAAAACAAAGUGAUGUAACGGAGAGCUGGAGGACAGAGGAGGAGAGAGGAGUGAGGGAUUGGAGAGCUGAUGUGGCAGAAGGUAGAGAGACGCAGAGAGAAGAAAGAGAGACGGAGAGAGGGACGGAAGGGGAAGUUCAGGGGAAAAGCGGUGUGAGGAAGGAGCGGCAUCGAUGGCAGGAAAUGGCGAUGGGGAAAGAGGAUUGGGAAAGAGAGCAGGAGAGCAGCAGGGAGGACUUAAAGAGGAGUCACCGCAGGAGAGGAAUAGCUUGGCAUGAUAACCACAUGGAGAGGGACGGGGAGAAACAGGGGAGCAGGAGCGAGAGGAGGAAGUUUAGGAGAGCAGGGGGUGAGAAGGAGGUGGAGAGGGGGAAGAAGAAAGAGGAUGGAGAGAGGAGAGGAAGUGACAGAGGCAGAGAGAAGGAACUCGGCCACCAAGGAUCUGUACGGGGCUCCAAGGUGCUGCUCGAAGAUGGUCUGUAUAUUUAAUUUUUUUAAAAUAUUUGCAGCACUUUUAUUUUUGGGGGCAUUUUAGGCCUUUAUUAGUCCAUAUCCACGACGUUCCACUUCCGAGAUUGUUCAAUGAUGCCGGAAAUUCCGCCUGAUGUCUUUCAUUGCUCAUCAGCUCGCUGCAGGGUAAAUCCAGACAGCUAGCUAGAUUAUGUGUCCCAUGUGAGUUCCCAAAUCACAUAAACAUGUUCAACCCAAACAAGUUCCUUCCCGAGGAAAUUUUGCAGAGGACGAUUGUGAUUGGUUUAAAGAAAUAACAAUCAACCAGAGUAUGUUCUUCUCUCAUCCCGGAAUGACUAGCCAGACCCUCCUCCACAGCGCUGUGGAGGAAGGUCUGGGAAUGCGAGACUAGGCCUUUAUUUGACAGGACAGCUUAGACAUGAAAGGGGAGAGAGACGGGAAUGACAUGCAGCAAAGGGCUGCAGGUCGGAACCAAACCCGCGCCCACUGCACUGAGGACUGAACCUUUUUAUAUGGGCACACACUCCAGCAGGUGAGAUAACCUGGCGCACUUUGAGGCACUUUUAAACAUUAAUACGAUUCAGUCAUGCUGGCUAUCAAGAGUCGGGUUUUUAAGAUCUCCGCAGAAACAAAUGUAAAAUAGAAGGUGAAUACAUUUUCUUCAGUAGCGAAAAGGAAAGACUGGUACUGGUCGUCAAGUCUGAUAUGAGGAAGCCUGUCUUCAUACUUUGGAUUUCUUUCUCUCCAGUUCACUGUGAAAAUAGCAGGAGAGAAAAAAUCAAAGUUUAGGCCGUAUUCUUCACAGAAACCUAUAAUAAACAUAGAGAAUUAAAUUAAAAUGUAAUCAAGUUACACAUUGAAAUGUUUUUGACUUCCUAAGGAGAGUACAUGACAGAAAAAGGUUGACUAAUUCAUUUGGGCUGGUCAAUGUGAACUAAUGCUAAUGCAUGUAUUAUGGUGGACUUGAAAAAGUCUGAACCUAUUGUUUAAUCAUAAAUGAUACCUGGUAACAGUGUUAACUGUUUCAGGUUUACUGCUCCUCGUUGAAAAUCCUUGUUAUCAUACAGUAGGUUUGGAGUUUUAGUUUUACCAAAGAGCAUAAAGCUGUGUAGAAAUAUAUAUGCAGUGUGUGUGUGUGUGUGUGUGUGUGUGUGUGGUGUGUGUGUGUGUAUAUAUAUAUAUAUAUAUAUAUAUAUAUAUAUAUAUACAGGCCAAAGGUUUGGACACACCUUCUCAGUCAAUGCAUUUUCUUUAUUUAAUUGUAGAUUAUCACUGAAGAAUGAACACAUGUGGAAUUAUGUACUUAACAAAAAGUGUGAAAUAACUGAAAACAUGUCUUAUAAUCUAAUUUCUUCAAAGUAGCCACUUGGUGUUCUCUCAAUGAGCUUCAUGAUGUAAUCACCUGACAUGGUUUUCACUUCACAGGUGGGCCUUGUCAGGGUUAAUUAGUGGAAUAUCUUGCUUAUUAAUGGAGUUGGGACCAUCAGUUGUGUUGGAAAUGUACCUGGAUGAUAGAAUAUGAAUUACCCUAUCUGUAAUUAAAUCAUCUCAUUUUUGUUUUUCUUCACAUCACCCAUACAGACAUUUUUCUCUUUGUGUCAGGUUUGAUGUAUUUGGUUUCUUGAUGUUUCUGGAAUAUUGUUCAACAAUUCACUUUGUUUAACUUCAUCACUGAUGGUUAUUUUCCAUGGCACUGGUUACUUAUUGAACAAAUAAUUUAUAAGAGUUAUUAAAGUGUGAUGCUGUUUUGCGUUUUAGUCUUGAAUGACACUUUUUUUUCUUUUCUGCUCUUCACUCGGCCGUACAAAGAUGUUAUUUGCCUCUGGAAUGGAUGGCAAAUUUAAACCGAACAUAUUGCUGCUUACUACAGCAAAGGGUCUGAAUACUCUCUAAGAAGACGUCAUUAAGUUUCAUUUCCAACAAAAAAGUCCCAGAUUCUCAACACUAAUGUUAAAAAAUAACUAAACUACGAAAUCAAAAUUUAAAUAAAAUAAUUCUGAAGGUCAGAGAAGUUAAGUUGUUGAUCUUGUUUGUUUUUUGUUUUAAAACUAUUACAUGUUCAUAUAAAUAAAAUAAAUUCACCCCCCCCCCCCUAAAAAAAAAAAAAGAAAAGAACAGAAGUAUAAAAAUAGAACAGGAUCAACAAUUACUGUGUUCAAGUUGUGGCUCUGUUUAACAAAGGUGGUGCUAAUAUAAUGUUAUCUACUUCUUCUGUAAAGGGACAUUAGUACUACAAACCACAUGGACAAUGGACUCACCGCUACAAGGUUUUACGACACACAGAAUCUAAAUAUAGAACAGUGUGUACAUAGCUCUUACAGUGGUUCUUUCCAGGGAAUAUUUAAUGGAAAGUUUAAACUUUAUUCAUAGGAUUAUCAGAUUAUGUAAUAUCUCAGGAAAAUGAAAAGAAUCAAGGGAGGGAGCAUCUUUUGAAAUAUUUGCUGUCUGUUUGUUAGACAUACGUAGGUAGCGGUAGUUUCAGUAUAGAACGAGGAA